AUGCGUAGAAUGUUUUCUUCUCCUGUUUUGGAUUUCAAAAAAUACAAGAAUUCUCGACCUAAGGUUCGUGUGGGUCUUCCAAAGAAGAACCCUAAAGUUUUGAAACCCGCUUUCACCAUUCCUCCCAAACUGUUACAAUCCCUUGUAGAAGACCCUAAAUGGGAUGAAAAAGGCAGCGUCACACAAAACUACAAUUCCUUCGGCGUCUUCAAUGACCCUAACUCCCUCACCGAUUCUCUUCGAGCUCCUCCUUCUGUCUCCGAUGACCCCAACGAUUCCGGCAGAUCAGAGGCAAUGUUUGCAGGGUUAGGCCAUUUUUCUAAGAAAUCAAUCAAGGUAUUGUAA